CCGGAAGUGAUUGCGAGAAAAAUAUUUUCAAUGACAAUAGAACAUGUGUUUAUGAACAUUUUAACCGUCUUUUUGCGUAAAUCAUUUACAGAGAAAUGGCUUCUCCGAACCAUAGCCCGGGUGUAGAAGGGGCGGUCAGGGUAACGGCUUCGCCAGCUGGUAAAAUACAGACGUUGGUUUUGGCUUCUAGCCUGGCCGGGCUCCGCGGUAAGAAGAGACCUGCUAACACCGCCACCUCUCCUGCUGUACUCGCCAGUGGGAACAACAGCAAGAAGAAGAAAUUUCAGCCCAUCGCAAACCCGACACAAGCACAGGUGACUGCAGUGGAGGCAGUGUCUGAGGGGAAGGCAGUGGGUGUGUCUGACGCUGUAGGUCCAGCCACAACGGAACCAGCAGCCAAACCCCUGCCCUUCAAAGACCCAAUAUUUGUGGUGAGCAGACUGGGGGGGACACUUGGGAGCUGCAGCAGGAAAAAGAACCGGACCUGGAAAAACCUGAAACAGAUUCUUGCAGUGGAACGGACUCUACCCUGGAAGAUCAAUGACCCCAAUUACUACAGCAUCGAUGCCCCUCCCUCCCUGAAGCCAGCCAAGAAAUACUCAGACAUCUCUGGACUCCCCGCGAACUACACUGACCCCCAGACCAAGCUGAGGUUCACGUCAUCUGAGGAGUUCUCCUUCCUGCGCCUGCUCCCCACUGACGCCGUCACCGGUUACCUGGCGCUCCGCAAGGCCACCUGCAUUGUACCCUGACCGCAAGGCCUGCUGGGAGAUGGGAGUUCAGCGUGUGUCUGUCAUGGCCUGGGAGGGACAUUGACCAUUAUGGGGAACAAUGUCUAGGUGUCUGAGAGACUCUCAAGGAGAGGGACCAACAGGGACUGUUACAGAGCGAGGGAUCCAAUGGAUAACUUUGGCCCCCUUUCGACAACAAGGGAAGCGCCUCUAGUGUCGAGAGACUAUCACUCCCAAUCUGGCUGACGUCAUGAUGGGGAUGUCUACACAGACAUUUUGAGCUAGCUACUGUCUACUUAGAUAUUUUGAGCUAGCUACUGUCUACACAGACUUUUUGAGCUAGCUAUUGUCUACACAGACCUUUUGAGCUAGCUACUGUCUACAGACCUUUUGAGUUGGCUACUGUCUACACAGACAUUUUGAGCUAGCUACUGUCUACACAGACAUUUUGAGCUAGCUACUGUCUACACAUCUGAGUUGGUUGUCUACAGGAAAAACAAUAGAGUGAAUAACUUGACCUUCCUAUGAUGAUUGCUCCUUGAUCUGUCUGAAAUUAUAUUUGUGUUUUUUGUGUUGCUGUAUGAUGAUAGUGUUGCUACUUGUUUUAUCUGCCCUCUGUAAGGUAACACUCAACAUAUUGUUACCUGUUUUUUAAUGUAUUUAAAAAACAAAAUACUUAUCAUCCUUACUGAACAAACUAGUUGUGCCACAUUCUGUAAUCACCUGCUGUAAUGAGAUUUGACAGCUUUGAAAGAUGACU